AGUACGCGUUUCUUACUUAGUAGUAUGAACCUGACCUUGUAGUGUUUACUUGUGACCGACUUUCUAAUAACGUGUUUGAUGACGCAAAAAUCAUACGCGGAUACUCUAUCUUAUCAUUAAACAAUAUCUUAUGAAUUAUUGAUUAUCACACAAUCAUAUUACAUAAAAUAAAUCUCAAAACUAAAUAAGGUGAUCUGUAAGAAAGCUAGAUUUGAAUCAAGAAUCUGAAAUAAAAUGUCUAGAAGUGGAUAUACAUGUGUGAGGCAUUUAUUUUGUUGGCUGAACGUUCUCCUUUGGAUUACAGGUUGUGGAAUUUUGGGAGUUGGAAUCUGGUUAAGAAUAGCUUAUGAGGGGUAUGCAUCUUUACUCCCCCAAUACGCUUUGCUUAGUGCCGACUCACUUGCAAUAGCAGUUGGUACAAUAACGUUUAUUUUAGCUUUUCUUGCAUGUUGUGGGUCUUGGUUUCAAAGCAGAUGUAUGCUAGUUACUUAUUUUAGUCUGGUUAUAUUCAUGUUUAUAGCCGAGUUUCUUGUGGGGUCGUUAGCUUUCGCGUUUCGGAUUUCAUUGGGACACACAUUUCGUCAAGAGUUGCAAAAUGGGCUUUGGAACCAUUAUAAUAUGACGGCUAAAGGGCCUGAUAGUCUGGUCACAAUUUGGGAUAACUUACAAUCAGAAUUUAAAUGUUGUGGUGUGGAGAAUUAUCAAGACUGGUUUAUGAUAAACGCUUGGCCAAAUAUGACUUGGGUUCCUGAUUCGUGUUGUUUGCCGUGGAAAGCAGGCGAAAAUUGUGGAAAAUCAGGGGAUGCAAAUGAUUUUUAUAUGACGGGUUGUUAUCAUCAGAUCCAUAUGUGGUUUGUGCAGAGACUUCAUAUUGUAGGAAUUGUUGGGCUGGUGGUAGCUUUUAUACAGCUCUUUGGACUUAUUUCUUCGAUGUUGCUAUUUUGUACAGUUAGGUACAAAAGGACGUCGCGGACAUAUAAAUCCUAUCAAGCACACUCGUAGAUUUUAUGAGCCAAAUUUCAGAAUGAUUAAACAACUCAUUUGCAAGAUUACCUAGACUGAAGUUAUAAUUUUAAUCUUGUCAUUGUGUCAACGUUAUGAAAAAAAUUAAGGCAAAAAAGAAUUAAUAUGUAACCAAAUUGGCGAUAUUUCAUGUAAAUUCGCCUGGACUUGUAGUUUUAGAGUUAUGAUUUUUUAUUUGUGAAACUUUAACUUUAAAGUCGCGGUCAAUUCAUAGUGGCCAUUUAAUUUAUUGCAAAGUUGGCAGCCCCCAGCCCGCCACUUCUAGAGUGUGGGUUUUGUCUAUGUUGGCAGCAGAAGUAACUAAAUUACAACAACUCAAUUUUUGCAAAUUUACACAAGGAAGUGGUCACUAUAAAUUGAGUGUGACUUUAAAUACUUUGUACCUGAUGUUCUGAUGUUUUUUUCAUUUUUUGGAUUAUUCCAAAAAAAACUUUGUUUUAUAGGUUUUAGUCGAUGUCUCGAAAAAAUCAAGGUUUUAUAAAAAUCAUAAUUUUAUAACCAAAAAUUGAAUCGAAUUUAGUUAAGUAUAUGAAUUUUUUUCAAAGCGCCAUUGUAACAGAUUUUUACGUAGAUUUUUUUAUAUAAAUUGUCAUUUUAAAAAAACUCAAAAACAAUACAAAAUUUUAUUCUAUAACGAUCACAUUUGUUAUAGCACAUUAAUUUUUAUUAAUUAUUAAUUUUUGAAGCCAAACUGCUUGGUUCCACACUUUUUUAUCGUAAAAUUAUGGGAUAAUCUUAUUUAUUAAAACUGAAAAUAUUUUGUUUUGACAAAAAUGCUCAAACAGGUCUUUUUUAGUACUUUUUUUCGAAAACUUUAUGUAAUAUUU